AUGACGGGAGACUUCAAGGUGCUGAUCGCCGGCGGCAGCCUUGUAGGCCUGACCCUGGCCAUCAGCCUGGAGCGCGCCGGGAUCGACUACGAGCUCUUCGAGAAAGGGGACUUCGCUCCUCAGCUGGGCGCUUCCAUCGGCUUUUACCCGCAUUCUAACCAGCUGAUGGAUCAACUGGGCGUUUGGCCAGAAAUUGAGAAAGUCGUGGUCCCCUUGCGGGAGCGAUAUCACUUCGACGAGACCGGGUAUUGCAUGGAGACAUCUAUUGCUCUGCAGUAUCUUCAGCAGUACGAGAUGCUGCGGAUUCUCCACAAUUACAUCGCAGACCCCAAGAAGCUGCACAGCCAGAGCCCCGUGGUUGCGUACGAAGAGACCCCGUUCGGGAUCACCGUGACGACGGCCGACGGCCAGACGUUCCAGGGGAGUAUCCUGAUUGGAGCCGAUGGGGUUCAUAGCCGCGUCCGGCGGCUCAUGGCCGAUAAGAUCCGUUUGACAAAUACUGCCCUCGCUGAAGGCAUUGAGCAAUCAUUUACAAGUGAAUACAAGUGCCUCUUCGCGGUCUCGCGCAACGACCCGGCAACCCCUUUCCUCCCCGACGGGACCGUCCACAACGUCUACCACCAGGAUCACUCCGCGUUAGCCGCCACAGGCGUCCCAGGCCUCGUCUUCUGGUUCCUCUUCAUUAGAACACCCAUCACGCGAACACCCAACUGUCCGCAGUACACCGACGCGGACGCGGACGCCUUGGCUCACGAAUACGGCCACGUCGCGCCGGGACCGGGCUACACCAUCCGGGACCUAUGGACCACCCGCGUGAAGGGAUCUUUGGUCUCGCUAGAAGAAGGCCUUGUAUCGCAAUGGAGUCACGGCCGCGUCCUGCUGCUGGGCGACGCGGCGCACAAGGUUACCCCCAACGCGGGCUUCGGUGGCAAUCUCGCCCUCGAAGGUGUCGCACAUCUCACCAACGCCUUGGUCGUAUUACUGCGGGACUCCUCCCCGGGUGCGGCCCCGACGGUCGAGCAGCUCGCGGCGCUGUUUGCGGAGUUCGACCGGAGCCACCGUCCGCGGGCGACCACGGUCCUGGGAUUGUCGGCGACGAUCACGCGGUACGAGGCCCAGCAGACGGGGUUCCUGCGCUUCGCCGCCCGGUACCUGUCGCCAAUGGUUCCGGAUCGGUGGAAGGCAGCGCUUUUUGUCCGCUUUGCGUCGGGAGCACCGAGGUUGGAGUUUCUACCGGUCAAGACGGUGGUGGCGGGGGGGUUGAUGUUGAAGGAAGUGUCCGAGAGGGAGGGGAAACGGGCAAGAUCUGGCUGGCAAUUGGGCUGA